AUGCCCGCGGUAGCGACCUCAUUUCAGCGUCAUAGAAAUCAAUACAUGGAUGAAGAGAAAAAACUUGCCGAGAUUGUUUCUGAUGACUCUUUUACGCGGGUUUUUCAGUCCUGGUUGGAUACGAUGAUUUCUCAGCUCGACUACCAAUACGAAAGCUGCGAACGACAGCUGUCGGAGCUCCAACAAUCCGUCAGCGUCCCCGCCGGUUCCUAUUGGUGUAGUAAAACCAUCAUGCAGCAUUGCAAUUUAAUUCUUUCGGAAAAGCGAUUGGUCAAGAAGCGGCCGAACGCCCCUUCGAGCGAUCCUUCGCGCGAAACCGAAGGGGAUAGCAAACCAGAUCCCAACGACAACAACCCGGAGGGCGAGGAGGAGCAGGCGAAGUUGCCCGAUCUCGUACUUUUGGCCUCCUGUCUUCAGCAGAUCAAAGCCAGCCAUUUCAUCACGCCGAAACAACGGGUCUUUCUGGAGAAGUUCGAGGCCCAGCUCACGACGGUGGAGUUCGAGCCGCGGGAUUUGAUUUUUAUUCUAAAUUCGCUCACGACGAAGCUCAAGGACGACGGCGCCACCCACGCCGUGUUUGAGGAUCUGACGGCCCUGCAGAACACGAUGGCGGAGCUCCUCCCGAGCGCGGCGCGGUGCGAGCAGCUGCUGGAGGCGAGCAUCGCGAAUGGGGAGAUGGCCCUCGCGGAGGACAUCUCCACGCGGCAGCUCGACACCUACGAGCAGAUCCUCCGCCUGACGAUGGAUCAGUACCCGAUUAUCUCCCGCCACCACGUCGACGUCGCCGCGGACCACCGGAAGCGGCGGUGGGCGAUUUUCCGCAUGGCCGAUCGGGACAUCACGACGGUUCUGGAGAACAAACACCGCGCGAUCGAGACCUGCGGCGAUCACCUUUCGCGGAUUCGCGAGCAGGUUCGGAACUACACCGACGACGACGUUCAGCAGCGCAAGCGCUACGAGUUGGACCGCGCGGAGUCGGACCGGUUUUUACAGCAAACCAAGGAAAAACAACAAGGGGUGUGGAAUCGCAUCUUCGGCGUCUUCGAGGAGCUCAAGAGCUGCCAGGGCGAGCUCGUCGGCCUGGCGCAGCAGCGCAAGGGCGAAAUCCAGCGCCGCCUCGACGUCGAGGAGCGCGAGGCCGGGCGGCGAAGCGGGCAUGAGGCCUUUCUCCGCGCCGCCGAGGCCCAUUCUGCACACCUGAACGACACCAUCGCGAACGCGACCGCCGCGCGGGAUCUCGUGGCGGCCCUCAACGCGUUCGUCCUCGACGGCUGCGAUAGUUUGACGGGGCGCUAUGAUAAGCACCAGGAGCUGCUCAACAGCCAACUCUCCGACCUUCAACUCCAGCACGCGGCGCGGUUUACCGAUUACUACAUCGCGGCGAGCCGCUUUAUCUACCGCAAGGAGCGCAGCCUCGAGAAGCUGCAGGGCGAGAUCGUCCAAAACGAGCAGCAUCGCGAGCUCCUCUGCGAGGUCUUGGACCCUGCCGCGAAGGGCUUCGCCGAGGCCUUGGUGGUGCUCCGCGAGCGGCAUCGCGCGCUCUGCGUGGAGUUGGAGGGAUGGCGCGCGCGAUUGAACGCGGCGGAAAAGGCAAUGGCCCCGACCUGGCGGGCCUUCGAGCUCGCCGGCCGGGCUUACGUCCACCCCGCGGCUUUUGUGCGCGAGAUGAACCUCAGCCGGUGGGCGAAAAUGACGGAUUACCGCGAGAUCCUCCACAUCAGCCGAUGCCCGCAGGCCCGUCUGGUGGACGAGUCCCGCCACGAGUGCGCGGAGCUUCGGCGAAUGAUCGCCGCGAUGGAGGAGACCGGCGCCCUCACCCGAGGCGGCGGCGACCGAAAGGAAAGGGGCGAAAAGGGAGACAACAACGACGACGGCGGGGGGACGUGGCGCUCGCGCGCCCGACAAGGGCCCUUUUCCUUACCCCCCGCCGCCGCCUUCCUCGCGGCCUCGCACGGGGGGAAGGGAGAGGGACUUCCCAGUCUUCUGCCGGCGGCCAGGGGCUCACACGAGGGCCAUCUCACCCCCGCCAAUAUUCUUCCCCAAGGGGGAUUUCUGCCCAAUAUCCCGCCGACGUCCUCGGGGAGUGCUUCGGUGGUCUCGUCGAAGUCGGAUCGCGCGUUGAAGGGGGGCCCCGCGACCCACAAGACGGACCCCAAACGGAAACUCACCCGGGGCAUUCAAGGGGGGGUUUUCAAGGCGCUCCAUUCCUACCAAUCCCGCGCACCGGACGAGCUGAACUUCGAACGAGGGGAUUCCAUCGUCUGCACGGGGCAAACUCUUGAGGAGGGAUGGUUUAAGGGGAUUUGCAAUCAACGGACGGGGAUAUUCCCCAUCAAUUAUGUCGAUCUCGAGGCACCUCAGGGGUAG